AGUCUCCGCCGGCCGCGGUCGCUGCAUCCUCGGCGGGCGGCGACAAGGAGACAGCAAGGGACGGCCGCCGGCAGAGGCACCAUGUGACGGGCACCGCUGAGUGACACGCAGCUUCGGUUACAGAGCGGGCGUGCAGGAGGGGAGGCGACGGCACGGUGGACGCGGAGGAAUAGCCUGACUUUCCCAGCUAAACCGUCACGAGCCAUGGAUGCACAGGGGCGACGCGCCCCCCAAUAGGAGAAUGACUGCGAUUCGAGACCCUCGGCGGCCGAGCAUGUGGAUGUAAGUGCGACGCUGGCGAGCACCUUGCGGGUGGGGGUUGGUGGUGGGGGGAGAUUCUGAUGCAAUCGGCCCCGAAAGGAGGAGGAGAGACAGGAGAGCGCGGGCUGGGGCAGCCACGCCGCUCCGCCUGAAGGUCGCCGCCCUUCACCUUCCUCGGAAAUCCGCCACGCCACGCUGAGCCUCCCCGCCCAGCCCUCACUGACGGAGGCCACCUUUCCUCCGCUGAGGCAGCCAGACCUUGACACAAAGGACAUCGCACGGCCGGGGGAAAAUCCCGGAAGGGCGGAUACCUUGACGUCUCCUUUUGCCGCUUUUCCUUUAUGGCCCGAGAUAUUUAUCGAGUGCCUACUGUGUGUCAGGCACUAUAUCUAUGUGCGUAGAAAAACCCUUGAAGGUUAUACUCCAAUAUAUAUACAGUGAUCAUCUCUGCUUGCUGAGAUAACAGGGGUGUGAACCUUAUAUUUUUGCUGCUAUCCAUUUGUAAAUACACUCAGAAAAGGAGGAUUUGGACGACAGGUACUUUCUAAACAUGAUGCAUUUCAAAAGUGGACUCGAAUUAACUGAAUUGCAAAACAUGACAGUGCCCGAAGAUGAUAACAUUAGCAAUGAUUCCAAUGAUUUCACCGAGGUAGAAAAUGGUCAGAUAAAUAGCAAGUUUAUUUCUGAUCGUGAAAGUAGAAGGAGUCUCACGAACAGCCAUUUGGAAAAAAAGAAAUGUGAUGACUAUAUUCCAGGAACAACCUCCUUGGGCAUGUCUGUUUUUAACCUAAGCAACGCCAUUAUGGGCAGUGGGAUUUUGGGACUCGCCUUCGCCCUGGCAAAUACCGGAAUCCUACUUUUUCUGGUACUUUUGACUUCAGUAACACUGCUGUCUAUAUAUUCAAUCAACCUUCUGUUGAUCUGUUCAAAGGAAACAGGCUGCAUGGUUUAUGAAAAGCUGGGAGAACAGGUCUUUGGCACCACAGGGAAACUUGUCAUCUUCGGAGCCACCUCCCUACAGAACACUGGAGCAAUGCUGAGCUACCUCUUCAUAGUAAAAAACGAACUACCCUCUGCCAUAAAGUUUCUAAUGGGAAAGGAAGAGACAUUUUCAGCCUGGUACGUGGAUGGCCGUCUUCUGGUGGUGGUAGUUACCUUUGGCAUAAUUCUCCCUCUGUGUCUCUUGAAGAACUUAGGCUAUCUUGGCUAUACUAGUGGAUUUUCCUUGAGCUGUAUGGUUUUUUUCCUAAUUGUGGUUAUAUACAAGAAAUUUCAAAUUCCCUGCAUUGUUCCAGAGCUAAAUUCAACAAUAAGUGCUAAUUCAACAAAUGCUGACAUGUGUACGCCAAAAUAUGUUACCUUCAAUUCAAAGACCGUGUACGCUUUACCAACAAUUGCAUUUGCAUUUGUCUGCCACCCGUCUGUCCUGCCAAUUUACAGCGAGCUUAAAGAUCGAUCACAGAAAAAGAUGCAGAUGGUUUCAAAUAUCUCCUUUUUCGCCAUGUUUGUUAUGUAUUUCUUGACUGCCAUUUUUGGCUACUUGACAUUCUAUGAAAAUGUGCAUUCGGACCUCCUCCACAAGUAUCAGAGUAAAGAUGACAUCCUCAUCCUGACCGUGCGGCUGGCUGUCAUUGUCGCCGUCAUCCUCACGGUGCCGGUGUUAUUUUUCACGGUUCGUUCUUCUUUAUUUGAACUGGCUAAGAAAACAAAGUUUAAUUUAUGUCGUCAUGUCUUGGUGACCUUCAUACUCCUGGUUAUUAUCAACUUGUUGGUGAUCUUCAUACCCUCCAUGAAGGAUAUUUUUGGAGUCGUAGGAGUUACGUCUGCUAAUAUGCUUAUUUUCAUUCUUCCUUCAUCUCUUUAUUUAAAAAUCACAAGCCAAGAUGGAGAUAAAGGAACUCAACAAAUUUGGGCUGCCCUUUUCUUGGGUCUGGGGGUGUUGUUUUCCCUGGUCAGCAUUCCCUUGGUUAUCUACGACUGGGCCUGCUCAUCAAGUGGUGAUGAAGGCCACUGAGACCAGGUGGAAAAGGAAACAGUCAAGUUACCACUCAUCAGCAAGCCCUCAUCACAUCCUUUGCAAGUUUACAGAAGCAAACAGAAAUUUACAAGAUACACAAUGGAAUAACACUUUGGUAACAAAACAGAGACCUGUUUCUAUCAUGGUUCAUGUCCCUCCAAGAUUGGGGAUCAAUUUUAAGGAUUAUGGAUUUCUUUUGUUCCCAAAUUUCACGCAGUCAUAUUUUCCAGUACUUUCCACCGUCAGUUAUUUUUCACUCUCCUAACUCUUGUUUUUUUUGUGAUUUCAUCGUCUCUCAGAACUUGGAAGACAUGAUCAUCCAUCAUGUUUAUUUAUUACACAUCCAGAUUCUGACAUAAUUUUCCUACUGAUGUUCAGCUUAUAAUAUCUGUACCUUUUUAGAAGAGAAAAGAAUCUUGAAUUGUAUAUAUUUAUUUUGCUUUACGGAAAAAAAAAAAAAGGUUUCGUACAUAAUUUGCCUAUUUUGGUUAACAUAGCACAUAGGGAUAAUCAUAUGAGAGUCACAGGGCGCGCACCCUUGCUGGAUCGGAGGAUGCCCAAUGUUUGCGGCGGCUCUGAUCACCUGGCAGCCGAGCCUCAGCAGCCCAUGGCCUCGUUGGCACUGCAUCCCAUUCUGUGCAGAGAUAUUGUCUGGCGACUGUUCUCAGCUGGGAAAGGGAUGGGAAUGAUUCUUACCUUGGUAAACAUGCUAAUCUACACAUCUGGGUAAUCUAGCGAAUGAAGUUUUGUUUCCCCCUUGACAAUUUCUGUCAGAGUUACUCUGAGUCAACUUCUAUUGGGGAAGACCCAUGAUACCUUUGUAACAAACUGAGAAGCAAGAGUCCUGCAAAAGGAUCCUCCAAAACGCCUAAGGAAAUAUUCCUCGGAUGCAGAUAGCCUUCAGCCCUACAUCGGUAUUGUUGAAGGGGGAAAAACAUUUUCUUAAAUUACAGACCCAGCAGCUUUUACUCAUGUCCACCACCUUUUUGCACAGAGAGUCAUGUGUAUCUAACCAAGGAUGAUCUAGGAUAAGUAAUUCCUGUUUUAUAUUGGGUACUUUAGGGGGGGUCUUUAAAAGACUUGUUUUAUAUCUAUAAAUUUAGGUUAUUACAAAUAUAAGAUUUUUGUACCGUAAAUAAGCCUCAUUCCUAUUUCUUCUCCAUUAACCAUCCAUCCAGUCUUGAAAAAAGAAAACGAGCCCUCAGAGAUGGUCUUUGAGAAGAACACGUGAUGAAAUCACUGUGUACCUUUCUUCCCCCAGUUGGGAACUUUGGCAUCUGUGCUAUCUCUCUUCUCGCCCCUAGUCAAGGGUGGGCCGUUACUGCCUGCCUGACAUGACCCACCCAGGAGGACAGAGUUGCCUCACACUCUUACCCCAGCCCCUCUCCUAAAGCAAGUGAAGGAAACUACAGAGAGGCUGAAAAAGAAGAGAGUUUGGGACAAGGUAGCUUGGAAAGGCAUAGGAGACAGUAUAGAAACCCAGCACCGCAUUCCGCCUAAGCUGGGCCAUCAGCUAUGAUUGGAUUGUCCGUAUCACACAGUGAGAAGUGUUGUGUACCCUGUGAAACAGGGCUUGUGUUUUAUCUGCAUCCUGGUUGAAUUUCGCAGACACGUAAGUUCACCAAGCACAGAUUUCUUAUCCAGAGAUAAGUGGCCUCUAACCGCAGACUCUUGGCAGAGUUGCCAGGCACUUAGCUCUGGGCUCUGUUCCUCCCCCACUGAGACCCCCAGAGGCCUCCACACUUACCGGGAGUAACACGGAGAUGUCCCCUCCCCUUUACAGACUAAUGUCCCAUAGAGAAAGCAGGCAUCAGAGCACUUUCUCGUGAUCCUCUUGGGGGAAAAGGAGAAGUUAUUGCCUGCAUUUCUUAGUGGGAUCAUCAUAGCUUUUACCAUAAUGCUCCAGAAUUACAUGCACAUUAGGUCAGAGUUCAGGUGCUUAGAUAGGAGUACCUACCUAUAUAUGAAUUCCUAACCUAGUAAAAUCCACAGCCAUCUCUGUCCUUCUCAGCAGUGUCUUCCAUGUUAGAUGAGCAGGAGAGAAACUCAACAAAGCAAGUUGGCUGGCCCUUUGAGCUGUCCAGGGCACCAAAUAAUGAAACAGCCAGAUAGUAGAUGACCCUCCAUUAAAAAAACUACAGAUUUAGCCUGCAAACUCUAUUAUGCUGCUUUCUAUUUUCUUCAUUAAUUUAUAACAAUUCAUUUUAUGCCCACAGAGUCCAUUUAGAAGAUGAUCAUUAGCUCUUGGGAUGUGUAGUGAUAUUUUUGAAUCUCUGGAUUUUAUGUGUCAGGACAAGGAAUUUUUAUUAUUAUUUAAAAUACACUUAUUUAGAGGAGGCACAUUGUUGUGAAUGUCUGUGAUACUACAGGUUUUUAAAAUCUUCUUUGUAAUGUUUAUCUAAGUUUAUUGUUGACUGAAUACAAUAGAUCCUCCUGUAAUUUGGCAAGUAUCACUGACUAAUUACAUCAUUUGUGUGGGAUUAGCUGUAAAGUGUACUGCUCUUAUUCUUCUUAUUCAGAACAGUGAACCGGUAGCCAAAAAUAUAUGUACCACAGAUGUUAGGUAGAAUUUAAGUAACACAGUCAAGUGCUGUAGAAGUUUUUCUGCUAAAUGAGUAGACUAACGAAUAUUAUACCUUAGCCUUUGGGAGCAGCACGUUUUCCUUUGGUAGGUAGGAUCUCAGCACUAGUGAACAGUGCCAGCUUCGUACUUUGGAUUAUGAACUGUUCUCUAGUUAUAAUAACACAGCACACUGUAAAUCCUUAGUUUCCUUCAUGUUACUCACUGGAAGUGGGGUUGCAGAGUAUAUAUGGGAAAGAAGUCCAGUCUUGUUAAGCACGGGCAGCCCCCAGUUUGUAAGCAGACCACGUUGUAAAACUGUCAGUUGUUUGCAACCUAGAAUGCAUUUUCCUUUAGAAACCAGGUUAUAUAUGAUGGUUAGGCCCCCCAGACCAGCUGGAGAAAAUGAUCUAAGCCCAUAGUUUAGCUGAAAUAGGAUAAUAUAACAAGAUUACUUAAGAACCUAUGCACUAAAUAUAAUAUUGUUUCUAGGGGGUAUUUGUUCAGAGUUGCCAAGAAUCCCUCACUCGUUGUUAGUGGAAUCUGGAUUGCCCACUCCAGUCACACACACCGCCAACUAGAGGUGCCCAGAGCGGCCUGAAGCUAGGUCUCCAGCAAAGGAGGGGGACCAAGUUCAGGGCCACCAGAGACCUCGUGGUAGGAGGAGGGUUACGGAGGAUGAAGGGUCCUCCUGUGGGCUGUAAACCGCCAGGGACGUUCUCUGCUGCUACCCUUUCUUUUCUCUGGAGUCUCAGGCGUGGCCUGCCUGCUUCUAUUUGUAGGACCUCUUGCUCCUGGAGUUCGUCUCCUUCCCUCCCGCUACCAAAAAGGAUGCCACUGCAUAGCUUCUCCCAAAUGCCAGUCAUGGAAGCCAGCGCACAGCACUUUUAAUGGGUUUAGUGCUAGUAAACCAUGGUUUAACUGCCCAGUAAUCAAAUGGGGGUAAGAAAGCUCUCUACCCUCUUUUCCUUUUUUACAUUUGCAGACUCUGUUGAGAAGGGCAUCCAUGGGUCAUGGCCGUGGGGCUUGGAGUGGACAAAGGGCUGUGGUAAGGUGUCACGGUAUUUCAGAGGACAUCUCAGACAGUUACCCCAGAAUUGGCUUCUUUCUGGAGUUGGAGUCAAGCCUCCAAGCCAGUGGUUCUCCAAGUGGGGAUCCCCAGACCAGAAGCGUCACCUGGGAACUCAUUGGAAUGCACAUUCUCAGGCCCCACCCCAGACCCAGUAAAAUCAGAAACCCUCAGGGUGGAGGCCCAGCAAACCGUGUUUUACAAAGCCCUGCCAGUGAGCCAGUUUGUCUCUCCUUUUCGUCUUCAUUAGUCCUGCCCGUAAUUCUCUGAGGGUGGUUCCUAGGACUCACGGACAAGAAGUGGGAAGCAGGACUUAAGGAGGGGAGGAAGGGGCCUCGUCUCAGCCCCCUUCCCACUGGAAAUGCUGGUACAGGUGCCUCAUUGUAAACGGGGCUCGCGCGGGCUGACACACCAUAAGAUUACAGUUACGGCAGCUGUGAAGAAAUAAAAGUGAGGUGUUUGGGGUUUGGGUUUUUUUUUUUUUUUUUUUUCUUUUUUGAAAGGAAUUAAAUGAUAUACCGUUUGUAAAUGCAACCUCAGAGGAAAUACUGAAUUCAUGUCAAGAGUAAGUUCUCCAGAAUGUUUGGGUUCAGUGUGUGGCGAUCAAUCCUGUCCUCCCUUUAAAGUGAAUUCUCUACUGAAAGUGCUGCACUGCGUGAGGGGCUACAAACUGCUCCGAAAAGGUUAGUGCUCAGCUCGGUUUCAGUGAAUCAGAGUGCUGGACAGCACGUCUUGUUGGGGUGGGAGUGGGGCGGAGGUCGGUGAAAUGAUCAGAUACAUGAUUUUAUGCCUUAGUGCAAAAGCCGUCAGUCAGUUCCCCUCUGUUUAUCAGUGUAAGUGGCAUGAGGCUUAGAAAGGGUGUAAACUUUAAGAAUGUAAUUCCUCCAUUCCAGUUCACAGUAAACUUCUAGCCCCUUUCAAAAUAAAGACGAUUGAGACUGCAUCAUGUAACGAUGUUAAUGAAUGUUUCCUUCGAGAUGGCAGAUCUGAGAAUCUUUUAGCAGUAGAAUACACUUCCUCUAAAAUACACACGGUGAAUUAUUUAUAGUUAUCUAAGGCUUUCAGGUACAAAUUGGGGAUGGGGUAGCUGACAACUGAAAAAUACCACUAAAUCUUAAAGGGAAAGUUCUUGAAAAACAUGUAAAAUUCACAAGGCUCAGAUCUUCUUUAGGAUUUUCUUGGAGGAAGGACUGUGAAACUGGGCCCAUGUGCAUACAGGCUUGAAUCUGUGCUUUUAAAAGGAAGAAUCUAUGCAGUUGAGGCUUAUUGUAGGAAAUACUUCAUUUGUAUGUAAAUAUAUUGUAAAUAAAUAGGAGGCUGUAUAUUUUUGCAGUCGUUGAUCCACAUUGAAAUAGAAGUCGCUAGUAUCUGCGUAUCAAGAAUGUUUUCAUAGAUAUUAGCGGUUUUGUUUGGGAAUUAGAAAAAUUUACCUUCUCUCCCAGGUAACAUAGUUCUCUCAAUGUAAACUUGGAACCUACAAAUCUUACUUAAUUGUUUAGAGAGAGAAAUGUCUGAGAAAUAGUUUCAUUGAUUUCUUAUUACUGGUAUUAAGAUCAAUUAUUUCAAAGCUAGUCCUCUGAGAUACAAAUAAGGAACAUUUUAGACCCAAAUUAUUGCCAUAUAGAAAUAGAUAUACCCAAAGUAACGAGUUGUUUCUUUAUAAUGCUGUUUCACUGUUAACACUGAUACCACUACACAGCAUUUAUGAAAACAGAAGUUGGGGAGGAGAACGGUUUUUUGGGUUUUUCUUUUUUCAAAAUUGAAUUGCUGCAUUUCCCAAACUUUGGGAUCUCUGAAAGGGGGGAAAGACCUGAAUAUUAACUAUGAGCACAAAUAUGAAAGAAAGAAAAAAAACCCCGUUAUUUUAUCAAGCUUUUGCAAGUCUUGCAUGUUUGCCUUUUCUUUUCAGUGUCAACGCCAACACAGACUGUGUUAAGUCAUUUUUUCCCAAAACACUUGAAUCUUGAUUGUUGGUAUGUAAUCCACUCACUAGAGUUCAGUGUAUUUUAGACUUCAUCUAAGUCCAGUGCGUGUAGCACACCACUGUUUUAUUAAUGUAAAAACCUUGUAAAUGAAUUUCAGAUGGAUGAUUUAAGUGAGUCACAAGUCACAAAACUUUGCCAUUCAUGGUUGAUCAAACACAUAGUUCCCCCCCCUGCCAGGAUGUGGUGUAAAUAAAGACAUGUAAGAAGUUCUGUUCUAUAACUGCUCUGUUAACAUAGUUUUUAAACAUUAAAAAUGUGGAAUAAAAGUAUUUAUGAA